UUCACGGAUAUGUACAGUAUUCAUUGUAAGAAAAAGUAACCACUAAGAAAAAAAAAAUCUACAAUGGAUUAAAAUAUCAUCGAAUCUUUAACGUAAUUUUUUAUUUAAUAAUUUCAACAUAAUGAAUAUGAUAAAUAUUUUAUAAAUUAUACCCCCCGAGAGGCAGUUGCCAACCCAAGGCCUCACGAGCGUCGUGCUUGCAUUCGGAAGGCCUCGGGUGGCUUAAGUUUUUAUCUUCUGAGACGGAAGAGUACAUAAGGGACGUCACUCUGAUAUAAUACAAAUAAACUACCGGUGCCGGUCAUAUUUCAGAAACGUUAUCUUAUUCACGUAGAGUUGAGGCAGCAGAUCGAAGUAAAUCACGUUUUGAAAUUUACACCAUAGAAGAGCAAAGAAUAAGCAUGACUUUAAAAAACCAUGUAUGAAUUCCAUACGAGAAUUCAGCUGAUGAGAUUUAUAAUAGCAAAUGGCCAGUAUUGCAAAACACAUAUCUAAGACUACAAUUUGGAUGUUGCCAUGGAUAUUAUGGUGGUUUCUGGGAAAUUUAGACAUUGUUUAUGGUUCCUAUGGAGAUAGGUCCUACAUUUAUCAGAAGUGUCUGAGGAAUUGCCAGUUUGAGAACUGUUCAAAAGCAGCUUCCAUCUCACGCUUCAAGGAGAGGCAGCCCUGGUUUGAGGAAAAAUUGCAGUGGACCUGUGAAGAUGAAUGUCAACAUCAGUGCAUGUGGGUCACUGUAGAGGCGUUCCGAAAGGACACCAUAGACAUUCCACAGUUCCAUGGAAAGUGGCCAUUUUUGCGGGUGUUAGGAAUUCAGGAGCCAGCAUCCGUGGUGUUCUCCGUACUGAAUGGCCUUUACCAUCUUCUGAUUCUCACCUACAGAAGGACUGUGCCUAGUUCUACUCCUAUGUACUAUGUCUGGCAUGUAGUGGCUGUGAUAGGACUCCAUGCCUGGACGUGGUCCACCAUUUACCAUUCCAGAGAUUUCCCUCUCACGGAGAAAAUGGACUAUUUCUGUGCCUUCUCUUUAGUUCUUGCCAAUUUAGGAUCUUUGCUAUGCAGAGUACUGGGAACUGAAAACCGACGUCGAAUCACCAUCAUUUUACUCAUACUUCUCAUCAUUUACCUACAACAUAUCUGGUACCUGGCUUUUGUCAAGUUCAACUAUGGGUACAACAUGAAAGUUAAUAUAGCCUAUGGCUGUGUGAACUUGCUGGGCUGGCUAGGCUGGUGUUGGAGGAACUGGACAGAACUUCAUCACACCAGGAAGUGUCUGAUCGUCAUGGUCGGGAUGACCAUUCUCCCGCUGUUAGAGGUCCUGGACUUCCCCCCAAUUUGGUGGACGUUUGACGCCCACAGUCUUUGGCAUGCUGGGACAAUACCCCUAGGAAUACUGUGGUACAGUUUUAUCAUUGAUGAUGGAAGAUAUCUAGCUGAGAAGAAGACUCAAUGAAGAUAUUUUAUAGCUCAAAUAUGAUGGCUAAAGUAUCAAUAAUUAGAAUGUGAAGACUGAAGGAGGUGUCAUUUAUCAGUACCGUUAUUUAUGUAGGACUUUGAUAGUAUUUCCGGAUAGUUGAUAGAAAUUUGUUAUUAUUGUUUCAUUAUUUUUUUUUUGUAUUUCCACAUUUAUAUCCAUUUUUAUAUCAAAUGAUUUAUUAAUUGAGAAGGUAGACCAUAGGAGCUUGUGUAGAAAAAAUCAAAACAUCCCCCUAGGAAAAAAUAAACAGUGUAUUUUUCCUAAGGUGUCUUGAUUCUACACAGGCUCCUGUGGGUAGGCAUAUUAUUUGAUUAUUACAUACAGAUUCUUAAUCCUUUGAAUGGAAGGCUUGAAUAAUUAGGAAAUGCUGUUUUUGACUGUCUGUUUGUAACACAUAUAAAGGUAAAGCAAACCCUGUACAAAUCUACAAAGUGAGUAUAUUUGUCUUGUAAGGUCACUAAAUCAAACCCAUAUACAUGUACACACAUAAAUAGUCCAUAUAAAUGUGGUAGUGUCAGAUACAAAGCCUUUCUACUAGCUCUGCCUAGCGGGUUAACCCUCGAUCACUGGGCUGUUGUGCCUAGCGGGUUAAACCUCGACCACUGGGCUGUUGUGCCUAGCGAGUUAACCCUCGACCACUGGGCUGUUGUGCCUAGUGGGUUAACCUUCAAUCACUGGGCUGUUGUGCCUAGCAGAUUAGCCCUCGAUCACUGGGCUGUUGUGCCAGAGGUCCCAGGUUUGAUCUUCUGCAAAGACAUAAAACUACCUUUGUUACAUUUGGUGCCCACAUUUGUUCUGUUACAUUCAGUGCCCACAUUUGUUCUGUUACAUUCGGUGCCCACAUUUGUUCUGUUACAUUCGAUGCCCACAUUUGUUCUGUUACAUUCGAUGCCCACAUUUGUUCUGUUACAUUCGGUACCCACAUUUGUUCUGUUACAUUCGAUGCCCACAUUUGUUCUGUUACAUUCGGUGCCCACAUUUGUAACAGAAUGGUCAUCCAUUCUAUUCUUGCACGGUUUAUCGUAUUAGUAUGUAUUAAGUUUGUACCAAUUAUUGCAGAAACUUUCUGACUGUAUUCAGCGACUAACAUACUAUUAAAAACUGUGUGCUAGAACAGAAUAGACAACUAAUCCAUUACAAAUGUGGGCCUUAUACAAGACCUCCUGUGUAAGUGCAGAAUGUUAAUUUGUUUAACUGUCCCCCACUUGAUCAAUAUAAGAAUACCAUAUUACAUGUAAAUCGAGGGGAAAGUCAAGACUCAAGUUUUGUUGGGUCAAGGUCACAUGACCAGAUCAACAAGUUAUUGUAGAGCUUGAUUGUGUUAUUCAUAUUGGUAUUUAUGUUUCGUAACACUUUUUGUUUAUAGAUAAUUUAAUCUGUUUUGAUAUAAAAUUGUUUUUAGGUUUGUGUAUAUUUAUUGAUUUAGAAACCCCAAUGUUAUCAAUGGCUGUAAUCUACUUACUAGAAAGUGCCAACAAGUUUUGUUGUUUUGUUAUUUUUUUUUUUUUUUCAUGUUUAGAAUAUAUUCAUUCUCCUAAAAUUUAAGAUCAGACAUUAUAUUAAUUUUUGUUUGUCUUUCUGUUUGUGUUGUUUUGUCUCUUUGUCUGCAACUUAAUUCAACUUUGGUUUUUAGAUUAAUUCUUAAAAAAACAAAAAUGUCCACCAAUUGAUCAUAACAUUUUAACGAACAACAAUAACUAACAACUUUUUAGGACUUUUGGUCGGUAGCAUGCUUAUUCAAAUAUACAUGUUGAUUAAAAGUAUCUACUUGUACCUGCUUUUAUCAUAGCAAAUAUAUAUAUGCUCCAAAAGUGUGUUUUUCUACAGACUUGCAGAACUCGUGUAAUAUAAUCCACUCUCAAUGUUUAUUUUGAGGACAGUUUUGUGAUUUUGAAGUAGUGUGUUAAAUCAUAUAAUACAUGUACAACUGUUAUGGUAUAGAAUAUUAAUAUAUUGUGUACCUUCUGAAAUGCAUAUCAAUUUUAGUACAAUGAUUAUCAUUUUUAAAUCUGAGUAUUUUCACUUCAAGGUGAAGGUCAAAGUUCAGUGGGUUUUUUUUCCUUUGUGUGUGUGUGUAGGCGGAAAAUAGAAACCUGAUACAUUUUUUUAAUUUUGGUACAGGAUAUUUUUUUUUUAUGGAAAUUACAGUUAUUUUGUAUAAAAUUACUAUUCUGAUAAUUUAUAGGACCUUUAAUUGCAAUCUGUCAUUUUUCAAAAUGUAUGGCACCUACAUUGUAUUUACACCAUUCAUGAACAUAUAUUGUACCGCAAAACUUUGAAGUUAGGCUAAUUUUAUUUCAAUGCAACAUACAUUUGUUUUAUUCAAUGAAUGAUUUUUGUAGUGCAUAGAAAUUUGAUUAAGUUAAUAAAAAUGUCCAAUCAUUUAA